AGCACCCUCACCUAGAUGAGCCUACUAAUUAAAUUGAAACGAAACAGCUUAGCUCAGUGUUGUUUAUAACUCGUGAAAAUGAAUUCCUCAGUAGGACUUUGCUGCUUCUCCUUCUUCCUCCCCUUCAUCUUCUUCGCAUACAGCGCUCUCUGUGUUGAAAUUUGCAAUCCUUCUUCAUGCGGUAGAACCGGACCUCCGGUCCGGUUUCCUUUCCGGCUAAAAGACCGGCAAGCCGACCGUUGCGGUUAUCGAGGAUUCGACCUUUCAUGCAACAACCAGGGCCAAACAGUCCUAACCCUGCCUUCCUCCGGCGAAUUCAUCGUAACGUCUAUUGAUUAUGUUUCCCAAGCAAUAUAUAUUGACCCGGACUUUUGCUUUCCAGAAAAGAUUCUAAACUUCAGUCUUUCUGGUUCUCAUUUCCGUGGAGCUAAUUUCAGGAACUACACGUUCCUCAAUUGCUCAUCGGACUGGUCCAGGUACCCGAUGUAUCACUUCCUGCCGUUGCUUUGCCAGGACGGUGGCAAUUACACGGUUGUCGCUACGAUCUCCGAGUGGCUUUCGGUCGAUGAAAUGCCAUCGGAGUGUCGGAUUAUAUCGACGGUUGAAGUUCCGGCGCAGUCGGCAGCUACUCAGUACUGGUCUUCGCUGGUACUUUAUGAGGACCUUCAGUUGAUAUGGGUUGCACCUAGAUGCAAUAGUUGUGAAGCCAGGGGUGGGAUUUGUGGGUACAAGAGUGACACUGGAUUGGAAACUGGUUGCUCCAGACCUACUAGUAAACAAGGUCUUCCAAGGAGUGCUAAAUAUGGAAUAAUCAUCGGCAUCGGAAUACCCGGAAUUGUAUGUCUCAUUGGACUUGUAUGCUACAUCUGCAAUAGGAUCAGGGGCUAUGAGGAUCGUCGUUACAUGAACACCGAACUCUCUGCCAUCACAAUACCUCCACAACGAGUGCUCUUUGCGACAGGACUUGACGGGCCUACCAUUGCUUCUUUUCCAAAGACCGUGCUUGGGGAGAGUCGCCGAUUACCCAACUCCAGUGACAGUACUUGCCCAAUAUGCUUGUCUGAGUACCAGCCUAAAGACGCCUUGAGAACUAUACCAGAUUGCAAUCACUACUUUCAUGCUAAGUGCAUAGAUGAGUGGCUCAAGCUCAAUGCCACAUGCCCUUUAUGUCGCAAUUCGCCUGACGGUUCAUCACUAGCCACAUCUCGCUCGUCGACGUCGUCGACUUUCUCAUCGCCAUCAUCUUCCUAG